AUGGAACGUGGUUCCCGUUCUUCCUCGAGGCACACCUCCCGCUCCAAUAGCUCUGGCAGCGAAAAGGACUAUGCACUAAGUGUCAAUAUUUAUGGACGGGGAGAUACCCGCCAGGGAGAUCCCCCGGCCCACUGGGGAGCUAUUCUCCACAAGCGAGAGGAGAAGGACGGUCAUCUCUACCAUGUUCGCAAGGACGACGACUUCUACUACGAAGAUCCAGCACCUAGACGUCCAAUUGAAUCAACCACCAGCCACGGUCGAAGUGAAAUCAAGCUUCUCUCGAGUAGGCGCAAGGAGACUGCGGCACAGCUCUUGAAUGCGUAUGGAAAAGACAAAUCCAACCUUCCUCGUGGAGAUGCAAACUGUCAGGAUUGGACUGUUGGUGCACUUGGUGCACUCGAACGAGAGAGAUUGGCGCCUCAGGGCACCAGAGACUAUUGGAACGCCAAUGUCGGAAAAGCUUCUCCGGCCAUUGGCGAUCGACUCCAGCGAGAUGGCAGGUCUUGGGUUCCGAAAACCACUGUCGACUCUAGUGGACAGGGGCCUGCUGAUGCGACAUUUGGAAAGGAGCAAGUGCGACAGCCGGUUGGUCGCCUCAAUUUAAACAAAUUUGCGGGUCUCAGUGGGGGCAGUAAAUCCAGGCGGUAA